AUGAAGGAAGCGAAACUUGUCAUUGAUGCGCUCGAGAAUGAUCACCAUGAGCAUGAGUUGCUUACAUUUGUUGUCGAUACCUCUGAGGCAUUUCAUCGAACAGGUGGUGAGCGGAACAAGGAGAUCUCCACUCUCGCAAAAAUCAGUGGUUUUAAUGACUACCCAAUGGGGCUAAUCGAUUCAAGCAACAAAACCCAGGAAAAAUCGAUCGAAGAAGAAGAAGAAGCUAUAACCCCGAUGGAUUUCACAUGGAAUCUGAGCUACGAUUCGGAAGAUGGCUUUGCGUUUGUUGAUAGGGAACCCCUUCAGUCCAGUUAUCCUACACCCAUCCAUACAUUCAACAAUGUGUUUGUAGAUGAUGAAGAGUUUUUGGGAUUUAAUUUUCAGCAGGAAAAUCAUCUUCAAGAGGAGGAAAAUUGCAACCUUGGAGUAGGAGAUGAGGCGGAGAUCAAUCGUCAUUGGUCGUGUAGGGUAUACAGAGAGCUCGUCUAUCCGCCGAAGGUACAUAAUCAGAAAUCGGAAAAUGCUAUUGUGACAUGA